AACCUUCUAAAUGCUGCAGUUGUGCACAUAACUAUGGACUGCCUAUUUCAUUCUCAUAUGACGUUCAAAACCCAAGAAAAACCCUAUCUUAAUAUAAGCUUUCACAACAUCGUUUCACAGGAGACUGGAGAAGGAAGUCGCAAGUUUGGAGUUGCAGAACAAUGGGGAAGACAACCUACAUGAGGCUGCAAGGAAGCCAGAGCCUAAGGCUCCCUUUGAUGCUCUCGACCCUCUCUUCAACACCGAUUAUCAUCGAGAACAUUCGACCCGACGAUAUCUGGCCGGGCCUCCGUCCGCACGAAGUCUCCCUUCUUCGCUUGAUCGAGAAAAUUUGUGACGAUUGCGUUGUCGAAAUCAACGAAACGGGCACAAAAUUGAAGUACAAACCGGGAAUUGUUAUGGGUGGAAAACAUCUCGUGCAUGAUUGUGGAGUUAGUCGAUCCAUGGGAUAUUUUCUGGAGCCAUUAAUUGUGCUUGCUUUGUUUGCGAAGAAACCUCUUUCAAUAAGGCUCAAAGGAAUAACUAAUGACUCCAAGGAUCCAUGUGUUGAUACUUUCCGAUCAACUACAUUACCCAUGUUAAAGCGUUUUGGAGUUCCUUCAGAAGGGUUGGAGCUGAAAAUUGAAAGUCGGGGAGCUCCCCCUCAUGGUGGCGGUGAAGUUAUUCUGACAGUUCCAAUUGUUCAGAAGAGUUUGACAGCAGUCACUUGGAUUGAUGAAGGAAUGGUUAAAAGAAUUAGAGGAGUCAGUUUUUCUACUAAAGUGUCUGUGCAGUUUGAAAAUAUCAUGUUACAUGCUGCUCGUGGAAUCUUUAAUCGCUUGCUUCCAGAUGUUCAUAUAUUUACGGACCAUAAAAGUGGCCCUCAAGCUGGAAAAUCCCCUGGUUAUGGCAUAUCACUGGUUGCUGAGACUACAUCUGGUUGUUUCAUCUCAGCUGAUACUGCAGUUUGUUACGCACGAGGGGAAGAAGCAGAGGACAUGGAAGAUGAAGGGAAUAAAGAGCUGUCGCUGCCCGAGGAUAUUGGUGAGCAAGUUGCAUCGGUUCUACUUGGGGAGAUAGAGCAAGGGGGAGUGGUGGAUUCAACACACCAGGGUUUGUUGUUUCUUCUUUGUGCUCUAUGCCCACCAGAUGUUUCAAAGGUUCGAGUUGGAAAGCUGUCUCCAUAUGGUAUAGAAACGCUAAGACACAUCAGAGAUUUUCUGGACGUUAAAUUUGUUAUCAAGCCUGAACCGGCUACGGAGACUGUCAUACUCAAAUGCGUUGGAUGCGGAUUGACGAAUCUCUCCAGAAAAGUUUCAUGAUCACCACCAAUAUAAUUGGCGAGAUGCUCGACAUGCAUGAUGCAUCAAGGAAAAUGUGGAUGCCUCUUAGCUUUUUCUGCAUUUUCUUCCUGUUAAUAUGAGAGUUUUGCUUUCAGCUAGUGAGCUAGGAGGAUCAAGAUCCCCAAGAAGGGUUCUAUUUUAAUUUUUAUUAUUUUUCAAAAAUUUAUUUAUAUUUUAACUAUAUUAAGUUCAUAUAAUCACUUUAUUUUCAUUUUAA